CGAGGCUUGCUUCGGGUGCACGUGACUUUGGGAAACUCCGCGCCCCUCCCUUCGGGUUGGUACACGUCACCACGGCUCUUGAGCUGGCGGCGGCGGAGAGGAAAGAGAGAGAGACGUGUCCAGUUCCGCCUCCCCGCGACCCGGAAGAGGAAGGCCCGGAUCCGGCUCAAGAUGGCGCCUCCCACGCCACUCCUGGCAGUGCGAGGAUCUGAAGGACUCUAUAUGGUCAAUGGGCCUCCACAGUUCACAGAGAAUACAUCAUUUCAGAGGGAGUCUGGAAAAAACAGCAAGGUUUUUGCCUUCAGCAAGGAUGGUUCCCUUUUUGCUUGGUGCAAUGGAGAACAAGUAAACAUGGUGAAUGUCACCAGCCACAAUGUGCUACAAUCCUUUGAUCUGCCAAAGACUGUUUGCCUUGCAUUCUCGCCAAAGAGCAAUGUCCUGGUAACGUGGCAGCCCUAUACAACUGCAAAAGAUGGUGCUGCAGGGAUACCCAACUUACAACUUUUUGAUGUGAAAACUGGAGAGUGCUUGAAGUCUUUCAUCCAGAAAAAGAUGCAGAACUGGUGUCCUUGCUGGUCGGAUGAUGAAAGUAUAUGUGCCAGGGGUGUUAACAAUGAACUGCACUUCUUUGAAAACAACGACUUCAGUACAAUUGCAAACAAGCUUCAUUUACAGAAAGUCACUGAUUUUGUGUUGUCACCCGGAGAUCAGCCAUCCAAGGUUGCUGUGUAUGUUCCUGGAAGCAAGGGGGCUCCAUCAUUUGUAAGACUCUACGAAUACCCUAAAUUCGAAGGCCCACAAUCCAUGUUGGCCAACAAGAGUUUCUUUAAAGCUGAUAAGGCAACAAUGCUAUGGAAUAGCAAAGCUACUGCAGUGCUUGUCAUAGCUAGUACCGAAGUCGAUAAAACAGGAGCAUCCUAUUAUGGAGAACAAACCCUGCACUACAUUGCAACAAAUGGGGAAAGUGCUGUUGUACAACUGCCAAAAAAUGGUCCUAUUUAUGACGUAGCCUGGAAUCCCAAUGCCACCGAGUUCUGUGUUGUGUAUGGUUUCAUGCCUGCCAAAGCUACUAUCUUCAAUUUGAAAUGUGAUUCAGUUUUUGACUUCGGGACUGGCCCACACAAUGCUGCCUACUACAGCCCCCAAGGGCAUAUCUUAGUAUUAGCUGGAUUUGGGAAUCUUAAUGGACAGCUGGAUGUGUGGGAUGUCAAGAACUACAAACUGAUUGCCAAGCCACAGGCCCCCGAUUCAACUUACUUUGCAUGGUGCCCUGAUGGGGAACACAUUGUAACUGCGACAUGUUCUCCCAGGCUUCGAGUUGGGAAUGGGUACAAGAUCUGGCAUUACUCUGGUUCUGUACUAUAUAAAUAUGAAGUCGAGCAAAACGCAGAACUUUGGCAGGUUGCCUGGCAACCCUUUCUGAAUGGAGUAUUUCCAGCAAAGCCAAUAAAAUACCAUGCUGUUCCGAGCAAAGUAUCAAAUGAUGAACCAAAGCCGGGUCAAGCUUAUAGGCCUCCUGCUCUGAGAAACAAACCUGUAACUAGUUCUAAACUUCAUGAGGAUGAACCACCACAGAACAUGAGGCCACAGUCAAAAAGUGAUGAUAAGCCAUUAUCUAAAACAGCACUCAAAAAUCAAAGGAAGCACGAGGCAAAGAAAGUUGCUAAACAGGAGGCCAGGGCCGAAGGGGACCAGGAAAGUGCUCCAGCAGUGCAGACUGCAUUGCACAAUAUACCACCCGCUGUAACAUCGGGAGAUCCUGAAGUGGAUAAGAAGAUAAAGAAUCUGAGGAAGAAACUGAAAGCAAUCGAACAGCUGAAAGAUCAAGCUGCUACAGGCAAACAACUAGAGAAAAACCAGCUGGAGAAGAUUCAGAAAGAGGCCACCCUUCUAAAGGAGCUUGAAAAUCUGGAGCUGGGUCUCUAGAACUACAAAAGAAUUGCAGUUUUGUUCUACAGAAUCAGUGAAUAGCAAAUGACUUCAGAAUGUUCAUUUUAAAAUGCUUACAUCACAUAUGCAUUUUAUUAUUUCCCCUUAAUAUCCAAAUAAUUGUAAUUUAGAACCAGGCAAACCAGUUUCUGUGUUUCAAAACACAUUGACAAACUCCUAAUAAAGUACAGGGGGUCUUCUUACUUUUUUUUGAACAAGAACUCUGUAGAUAAGAACCUUAUGCAACAAUAAGAUGCAGAUUGUAAUAAAAGAGCAUUUGUCGUUAAA